AUGUUUAUUUAUAUACCUCUUUACUGCCAAAGAACAAGCAGAUCUGAUGAAUGGAUUCCAAUGAACAGUUCACGUUUGAGACCAAUACAACUUGCAAAAGAUAAUUCAUUAAAUUCAAGUUCAAGAAUGUAUAAAGAAGGAGAGCGUUGCAUGGCAAAAUGGACAGAUUCUAGGAAAUUUCCAGCCACAGUUCGAAGAGUCUUGGAAAAUGAUAGUUAUGAAGUUUUAUUUGAUGAUGGUUAUAUAAAAACACUUCCUGGUUCGUAUUUGAGUCGUGUGAAUAAGGUUAAGGGCAAGGUGUUAGAUUCGGGUGGGACUUCAGUGCACAAAUACUUUAUUUAA